AUGUUUUGGCAAACACUAUGGAUCUUUAUAUUUCCUGUAUACACGUAUUAUAUCACGUCUACUUGGCAGUUACUGGACAAACUUCCACCUGGUGUAAUUGAGGAUGGAGAAAUGAUACAAGCCGUUUAUGUGUUCAAGUUUCCAAGAUAUUACUGGUACGACAGCUGUAAUUUCAAGAUAGAUGUAACUCUUAAGUACAUAAUAUAUCCGCCCUCGGAUAUUUAUGAUUUUUGCCAAAUGUCAAGUGAAACACACCACGACGAACUGAAAUGCAGACGGAGGAAACAGUUUUUACAUAGCGAAACCUGGAUACAGCAAACAUUGGGGGAAUACAUCUACAGAGCGUAUUUGAGUGAUCGAUUAAGAAGCGCACUUUACUGCAUUAUAAGCAGAUUGCCUCCAAUAAAAUUCCCCACCUCAAGCACAACGACAGCCACUACUACUACUACUACUACUACGACCACUACUAUUACCACUGCAGCUACUACUGCUACAACCACUCUUACCACAACUGCGAAGUUCACGACAGUUACUGAAGGUACUUUAGCUACAAAUGAGGACAAAUUCAUUGGAGUGUACGAUGAUUAUAAGGAAGAAAAAAAAGUAGUAGCAAGGCCAAGGCACGAGCGCAGCAUAUGUUUGAGAACAGACGGCGAACGCCCAAACCAUCCAGCAACCUCAUCUCAAGCGAAAAACAGAGAGGACAAGAAUGGCAUGCAAAUAAUGACAGCAACGACUAAAGAAGCUGCUACAGAUCUGUGGAAUAACCCAGAAAAAAUGGGGACUACGGCAGCGAUGAGUUCCAAUUCAAAAGAGGCUAUCCGUUUUAAAUGA